GAAUGUGUGUUGAAGAGGGAAAAAAUAAGGAUUUGGAGAUUUUAAAACCACGCAAGCCUUUCUAAAGACGGAUAUGGAUGUUCCGGACCCUUCCCAUGGGAAUAUGGGGCUGCUGAGAACCUUUGAUUCCUCUGAGUUUGGGAGCUGGGAGAAAAUAGGCUCGGGCGGCUUUGGACAAGUAUACAAAGUCCGACAUGUACAGUGGAAAACAUGGCUGGCUAUCAAGUGCCCACCCUGCCCUCAGGUAGAUGAUAAGUAAGUUGGACAGCUGUUUUUAUUCUGGGGUUGAUGGUGUUAAAAGUGUGAAGAAUGUUGUUUCAAGUAUUUAAACCUAGACUACAUGUUAUCUGUUUGAUAUCCUCCGUGGGCUUCAGAGUAAAAAGCUGUAGUUCUCUGUGAUUAUGAGUUUGUUAAUCUAUCAGAGGGUUUGACGUAUGCUGGGAAUUUAUUCAGCCUUAUGUCACAGACUCAUCAUCUUCUGGAUUCUGGAUAUGUAUGGGAGUACAUUUCUAUUAUGUAAAUGUUUUUGAGGUGAGCACUGAGCAGUCAUUCACAUGCGGUUACAAUGGAGGGCCCUUGAGCAGUACACCUGUGAAUGUUUGACAGUUCAAGAAUGUUUGGAUAGAUUUUUUUUUAAAUGUAAUAAUAAUAUGCCAUUUAGCAGACGCUUUUAUCCAAAGCGGUUUACAGUCAUGUGUGCAUACAUUUAUACGUAUGGGUGGUCCCGGGGAUCGAACCCACUACCCUGGCGUUACAAGUGCCAUGCUCUACCAAUUGAGCUACAGAGGACCGUGAUGCCCCCUCAUGCUCUGCUGUACUGUGGGAAAGAGGACCAUUUCACCAAUGGUGGCAUCACCACCACAAUUCCCUGGGGCUGAAUUAUGCUGUCCAUAUCAAAAUGACCCAACAACAAGCCCAGUCACAAAGGCGGCUGGCUCCAAUAAACAGAUCAGUCUUCUUUACUCUAAUGCCUGGCCCUUUCUCCAGGAGACCCUACUUGACAUUACACUAUGUCUCUGGAAUGUAACCGCUUCUUCAGUUUGGUGAUGAUGUUUUUGUAUUGACUCAUGAUUAUGAGAAGUAGUAUGACUUUUAUGCCAUGUGUAGUACCAAGUGUGUGUGCGUGCAUGUGUCAUGGUGUGCUGGGGGGAAAAGUUCAACAUUAUGCUAGCACGUUCCUUCCUCUCUUACAACACCUCUCUGCCCUCCUGCGUGGUUCAUGUCCUCAACAGCAGGAGGAAACAAUCUCUCCCUCCAGAAACCUCAAAGAGGACUACCAAGUCUUAAUUGACUUUCAAUAUUCCUUUCCUACUUUCAACUUGAUUUCAAAAUGUAGCAGAGUGGAUGUGCAAAUGACAUUAUCUAAAGAAUCUGUACAAUAUCCUUUAAUUCCUUUGGCACAAAAAGUGUUAUUUACAUUCACCAGCAGUGGAAAAUAUUAGUGCAUUUGGCAUUUUUCAGUGGCAUAUCAAGUUAAUGUUUCUAAAGGUGUCAGAGCAUGAGGUUGGGAACAUUGUAUUCAAGAGGCUUACAAUGUAGAGCACUUUAACCAUUCUGACCCUCUGUCAUUUUGAGAGCUUUUACAGCUUUGAAGACAAUGAUUGGAUCAGGUUGCUCCUUAACUUCAUUUCACUUGAGGCAAUAUACCCACAGACCAAAGGCUGAACUUUCUGCUGUUGACUUGUUGAGAGAUUUAGUCACAGACACUUAUACUGAGUGUACAAAACAUUAAGAACACCUGUUCUUUCUGACAUACUGACCAGGUGAACCCAGGUGUAAGCUAUGAUCCCUUAUUGAUGUCACUUGUUAAAUACACUUCUAUCAGUGUAGAUGAAGGGGAGAAGACAGGUUAAAGAAGGAUUUUUAAGCAUUGAGACAAUUGAGACAUGGACUGUGUAUGUGUGCCAUUCAGAGGAUGAAUUGGCAAGACAAAAUAUUUAAGUGCCUUUGAACUGGGUAUGGUAGUAGGUGCCAGGCGCACCAGUUUGUGUCAAGAACUGCAAUGCUGCUGGAUUUUUCACGCUCAACAGUUUCCUGUGUGUAUCAAGAAUGGUCCACCACCCAAAGGACGUCCAGCCAACUUGACACAACUGUGGGAGGCAUUGGAGUCAACAUGGGCCAGCAUCCCUGUGGAAUGCUUUCGACACCAUGUAGAGUCCACGCCCUGACAAAUUGAGGCUGUUCUGAGAGCAAAAGGGGGGGUGCAACUCAAUAUUAGGAAGGUGUUCUAAAUGUUUUGUACACUCAGUGUAUAUUACAUUUGAGUCAUUCAGGGCAAUUCCAGCAUUAUGGAUAUUACAGUUGCACGCAAAAUCACAACUUAAAUGUCUCAGAGAAUGGACAAAAAAAUUAAACGUUUGAUGUGUGUGUCUAUAGUACCCCUUGGGGGUAGUGUAUACCCCAAAAAAGUGGACUUGUAAAUAUUGAUAUGUUGGAGAAAUAAAGCAAAUAAGAAGCGUUCUGGAUGUUACAUUAAAUGGACAAGCUUUUUGGGGAGACUGAACAUAUUAGCAGAAGUCUGUGAGUUUGUAAGUCUUAGGUCAAAACAUGGAUUGCAUUUUCGAAGGAAAGGCGUGGCUGAACACAAACUAUAAUUUUGAAAAGAUUGUCAUUUACAUUAUUACUUCAGAGAGGAAAAUCAACCGUUAUACAGUACCAGUCAAAAGUUUGGACACACCUACUCAUUCCAGGGUUUUUCUUUAUUUUUACUAUGUUCUACAUUGUAGAAUAAUAGUGAAGACAUCAAAACUGUGAAAUAACACACAUGGAAUCAUGUAGUAACCAAAAAAGUGUUAAACAAAUCAAAAUAUAUUUUAUAUUUGAGAUUCUUCAAAGUAUCCACCCUUUGCCUUGAUGAUAGCUUUGCACACCAUAUAAAACCUUGAUGAAAGUUGGCUUUAAAGAGAAAGUUUCAAGAUGAUCCGAUGUAGUUCUUGUUUUUUAAAAACUUUUCCUAAAAAAGGUUAUGUAUGUUACAUAGUCCCAGUCACCUAUCUUUACAAGACUGUAGAACACGCAAACAAAACUCAAGACACUUCAAUUCAGUAUAUAUUGCUUAAUUAACAUCUCAUCUUCUUAACUAAUACUGGGGGAGAGCUGUGAGUGGAGAAACAAAGACUGUGAGCCCUUUCUAAAAGUAGUUCAAUAUGAUUGACUGAAAAGCCUUUUUUGAGACUUGGCCACCUACUCUGUAAUGGUCAACAUUUUCGAAUAAAGCCUGAACUCCAACAUAUUUCCGAAUGAAACCACAUUCAUAAUUAUCCUUAAGGUCUAUAACUAACUUUAUUUGUGCAUGCUCAGGUUGACUUUUUUACAGGGAAUCGUCCGUUAGCAGAAACUCACAAACACGACAGAGUUUAUUGCCUCCUUUUUUUGUGUUUGAUUGUGUUACUUCCUAUGACCAUUUAUCUCACUUCUCUACCCUACUGCUUUUGCAAAACAUUCACAGAGAAAAAUAUGUCAUACACAGCACCAGGAGGAAGUUCUUUAGCUUUGCCAAUGACAAUCAUUGACAUCCUCCUCCAAUCCAUAGUAGCUAGACUCAUGGCACCCACUGAACCUGAACUAAAGAUGCUAUCUUCUCUCAACAACUGAAAAGUACAUAAACUGUAAUUUGCCUGCCUGCUCCCUGCUUCCACACAGUCCUCUGACUCAAAGCUAGCUAGCGAAUUGUAACGGGCUAAUGUGAUGCUCCAUUAGCCAUUACAGGAUAGGUACUGUUUGGCAUAGCACAGAUACUUUUUAACCAACCUUAAAGGUCCAAUGCAGUUGUUUACAAUUAAGUAACGUACUGUGAUUGUUUUCCAUUAAAAUGGUCAAAAAGAACCCAAAAUACACAUAGCUUCAUAGCAAAGAACAAUUUCUCAAGCAAUAAUUUUGCUAGGACUGUGGGGAGGGGAAAACUGAAAACUAGCUGUUAUUGGCAGAGAGGUUUGGAACUCUCUUUCUUAUUAGUCUAUUAACUAAUUUACCGCCUGGUGAUGUCACAAGGCAGGCCAAAACUCCAUCCCACUAAAACAGGCUGAAAUUUCAGGCAGUCUUUUCAAACAGCUCUUACACUAAAAGGGCAGUAUCAUAAUUUUCACAAUUUCACUGUAUUAUUCCAACCUCAGUAUUGAAAUAUAUGUAAAACACUUUUAACUUGGGAAUACUAUCUUUGUUCUCGAUUCGGCCAAACAUGUACCUUCUAAAAUGUCAGUGUCCAGUUGCAGGUGGUUCGUUUGAAUUUAGAAAAUGCUCCGUUAUUAAAAUAAAUGUUUUGCUCCAUGAAGUAAUCCAACAAUGUGUAUGCCGCCAUCUUGUCUUUCAAAUCUUCUCACAUUGAUCGAGACAGGUGAGCGUCAUCAUGACACGUGGCACUUUGGGGUGGACCCACCGGUCUCAACUUGUUUUAUAUAUAUUUACACACUAUGAUGUUGGAAUAAUAAUGUGAAAAUGAUGAUAAUGCCCUUUUAGUGUAAUAGCUGUUUGAAAAGACAGCCUGCAAUUUACAUUUUAGAUUUUUAGAUUUUAGUAAUUUAGCUGACGCUCUAAUCCAGAGCAAUUUACAAUUAGUGCAUUCAUUUUAGAAUAGAUAGGUGGGACAACCACAUAUCACAGUCAUAGUAAGUACAUUUUUCCUCAAAGCUAUCAGCAAGGUCAGAGCUAGUAAGGGGGGAAAAAAGUCAAGUGCGAGUGUUUAGUUCACGAAAGUCUUGUUUUAUUGUUUGUGGGGUCGGGGUGAGGAGGUGGUGCGAAUGAGACACUAGUGCCGUGUAGAUGGUAACAGAAAAGUCUGAGCCUCUUGGGUAAAACACUCUCCUAACUCCACACAUUUACACAGAUUUUUCAUGCUUGUCAGAUUUAUUUGAUGAAAUGGCUUACACUUUUAUUGAACUUGAAUGAUUUGAUAAUUUACCCCUUGGCAAUUCCAAGAUAACAGAAUUACGCUGAGACUCCAUACAACUCAAUGCACAAUGACACUUUGAACAAUUUACACAGUAAAUUAAUAAAAAAAUCAUUUACUGGAAAAACAGUACGGACGCAAAAGUUUGGUAAUAGAAUUGCGGUAAAAUCUCCCUCAGUUUUCUGUUACACAACUUGUAUCUGCACAGUUCUUCCAGUGUGUUUUUGUAAAAUUUUCAGUGGAAAUUGUUAAAAGUAGUGGUUGUGCAUAGAGUUGUAUGGUUUUUUAAACUUUGAAGUCAAUGGUUUUUGUUUGGUAUACAUCUUAAAGUAAAAAGUCUAAGUCUCUUCGUAAUUCCGUUACCAUGGAAUUGCCCCCCUCGAAACAUAAAGAAAUGGCUGCCUUAGUGACAGAGAGACUACACUACAUCGUUUAUUUUACUUUUUACUUUUUAAGAUCUUAUCAGCAUGCUGAUUUAAUAUUCAAUGAAUCCUUUGAAAACCCAAGUUGUUGCUCAUUGCCUUUGUAGUGAAGACACUACUGUAUACACACACAUUAUACAUGAUGAUUAAGCAGUUUAUCACCUCCCUUUAGAUCUCUAUGGUGAUGGGCUACACGGCUCUUUUUGAGUCUGCUAGCCUAGCCGAGCUAACACUGAUAAAGGUAAUAAUAGGUAAUUGUUCAAAGGUUGAGCAACAAGGGCAUAGGGAACAAGAGGUCUGUUGUGUUCAUAACUCCAAACCAAGCUGGAUGCUUUGGCUCUCUGAGGAAUGUCGCUCGGACAGAUCUGCCUGGCUGACAUACUUGGAGAAUCUCUGUCCCAUAAAUUCCUCAUGUCUGCAGGGGGUUCACUGAUUUAACCUGUCAGAGAGACAGGUUAAUGCAUGGGAAAGCCCAUGCAUCUCAGUUUGCUGUCUCCUUGUAUUCCCUGGUGUAAUUUGGGUCGAUGGUAAAAGGUUUUUCAAAUGGUGCUGUUUUAACAAGCCUUUGAAUACCUGUGUAAGUAAGAUAAAAUAAAAUAACAGCAUUUUCUGAAUUUGUUGUGUGGAUCAAGGGACGUAGAUGGAUGGGUAGAUUUAGGAAGACAGCUACAUUUAAAUUCUCUGUUAUCUGUAUGAGUUAUGUAGUUCAGUCUAAACAGACAGGUAUACGAGGCCUUUAUGCCCACUUGGCGUGAUGAAGUCUAAGUAAGUUAACAGACAAGCAUGUCCUCUGUAGGGAGCGAGCGGUGCUACUGGAGGAGGCUAAGAAGAUGGAGGCGGCUAAGUUCCGCUACAUCCUGCCAGUGUAUGGGAUCUGUGGGAACUCCCAGGGCCUGGUGAUGGAGUACAUGGAGACAGGUUCCCUAGAGACCCUGCUGGCUGCUGAGCCUCUACCCUGGGAGCUACGCUUCAGGAUCAUCCACGAGACUGCAGUGGGCAUGAACUUCCUGCACUGCAUGAGCCCACCCCUCCUGCACCUGGACCUAAAACCUGCCAACAUCCUACUGGACGCACACUACCACGUCAAGGUGAGACACAACAGUUACUUGGUGUGUUGGUUGGAGUUCGCACAGGGCACGGUGUGGGCAGUGCUUGCACAUUUGAGACCAUUGGUCCUAAAAUACACAUUGCAUUGGUUCUCAAUGCUGAAUCUGCCUGCCUGAUGCGCCGGGUGAACUAAACCAAACACUCCUAUUGCUACUGCUUCCGUAACUGUUACUACUGCUACUGGUUCAGCAGAUUGGUGGUACACCUAGCCACAGUAUUAUGUCAUAGUGUGUUAUGUUGAGUCAUAUUGAGCAGAGCUGAUGUAGUAAAGGCCUGAGUCUCAGCUGCCAAAAUAUUUUAGACCAUUUAAUUAACAUAAAUAUGUAAAAAUCAAUACACUGUCCAAUAGAAAAGUCUGAUUUUACCUUAUGGUGAGCAUUUAGCAAACCUUCACUCAAAUUAUGUAAUUUCUACUACAGAAUGACUCUUUAAAACAACAGCCCAAACUCAAGAGCUUUCAUGUGGUACAGUGUGUCCUUUAAUAGGAUUUGUUCAGGCGUUAAUUUCAGCUGAGAGGUAUGAAGGGAGGAAAUCUGUUAUACACUUUCAUUUUGCUUUAAACGGCCGCCCUGCUGCACACACAUGCUACGGGCAGAAAGGUGUCUCCCUCCCAGCCUUCAUCCCACUUGCUCUCCUACCUCACACUGGAUGACUAAUGGUUGGAGGUGGAGGAGAAAUGGGUGGGAACCUCUUCUGUUUUAAUACCUUCAUGUAAACACGUAGCCUGGGCCUGUCUUAACAGGCUGAGUACAGUACUCUGCCAACACUGACUGAGUGUGUGUUCAGCUGCUCGCCCACGCAUGUAACUCACAGUCAAACAGGGCCUCAACUCCUGACACGAGAGGUAAGGAAAGCACCCUCAGGCUGGGACAGGACAUGGCUGCCACUGCCCUCAUCAUGGCUCUGGAUGCAUAGAAUACAAUAAGGGCUCAGCCAUCAGGUUGAGGGUAAAGUUAGUCAUAGGUAGCCAUAGCCAUGACAACAAAUGGGAAAGGGAGAGAUCAAGUAGGUUCUUGUCUUAACAAGAUAUAUUCUGUAUCUCCCCCUUCAGAUAUCAGAUUUUGGUCUGGCCCGGUGGAACGGCCUAUCCAGGGUUGAUGAAAUCAGCCGUGAUGGUUUCUGUGGCACCAUCGCCUAUCUGCCGCCGGAGAGCAUCAUCGAGAAGGACAGGGUGUCAGACACCAAGCAUGACGUCUACAGGUGAGAGUCUUCACCUUCACUUCUCUCUGUCCUUGUCUGCCAGAGGAUUGGAACGUUGUCUGUUUAAUGCUUAGUCUUGAUGUUAGUUUUUUUCACUUCUCCCCUCCAUUGUUUGUUUUGACAAUAUUUGUUUUAAUCACUAUGAAUAUGAAAUGGAUGUAUAUUAACCAGUUAUAAAUUAUGCUUGGAAAACACAUAGUGAGUAGGUCAUUCAUUAAUUGAUCACUUUUAUUAGUAUUCCUUGAUACUGACCUGUUGUUCCCUUCCUGUUACAGCUUUUCGAUCGUCAUCUGGGGAAUUCUCACACAGAAGAAACCUUACCAAGGUGAGACAUGUUGAGGAAAUUGAUGGAUAGAUUGAGGAUUGGUGUGAGACACCUUGUAGUCCUUUAGGGUUUGUCUUAUAAGAUUCACUCCUAGUCUUUCUUAAACUCAAAUGGCCAGGUUCCUGGACCGCGAUUAAGCCCAUAGACUCCUUGUGACAUGACCACCCAUGUUAGUUUGUCCGGCAUCUCACUAAGUGAAGGUAACAGACAUUUAGUCACAGUGCACAUAUUGACGGUGCCGUUGAGUGUUUACCUGGUGAAUUCCAGGGCAGGCAGGCUGACAGGUGUUUUCCCCAGGCAUAUCCUUUGAAUUGAAAGCUCUUGAUCAGGGCAGUGACAACGUUGGCACUGGCACCUGUGUCCGCCAUUAAUGAAGCCCUAGAAAAGUACUUUUCCAUCUCCUCCUCCCAUGUUCCUCCUCCUUCUAUUGAAUGGUAUUAAAGCUACAAAAUAAGCCAAGGUGAUCUGAGCUUAACUCCACUGACUGGCUGGCUGGCUGUCUGGCUGGUCCCAAUGCUUGAUAACAAAGAGACCAUGACCAAGAAAGUCUGAGAGGUUUUUCCAGGCCUGGUGGGAGAGAGAAACAAAACAUCUAAACGCCUUCCUUAUCUGAGCAUACAGAAAAAUGAUAAUAAUAAAGUGUACAUACUAGAAUCGGUCCUACCCAGACAUUCGUUUAUGUUGCUUUUCCAUACUUUCACCAGCACGCGAUCAAGGCAUUAUUCAUUGAUAUGAUCCAGGCUUUAAAUAAUGGGGCCUGGUACACCUUAUGGACUGAGUUAUCAUAUGAACAGUAGAUCAAUUAAUUAACAUUUACAUUUACAUUUACGUCAUUUAGCAGACGCUCUUAUCCAGAGCGACUUACAAAUAGGUGCAUUCACCCUAUAGCCAGUGGGAUAACCACUUUACAAUAUGUUUUUUUUUUUUUUUUUUGGGGGGGGGGGGGGGGUAGAAGGAUUACUUUAUCCUAUCCCAGGUAUUCCUUAAAGAGGUGGGGUUUCAAAUGUCUCCGGAAGGUGGUGAGUGACUCCGCUGUCCUGGCGUCGUGAGGGAGCUUGUUCCACCAUUGGGGUGCCAGAGCAGCGAACAGUUUAGACUGGGCUGAGCGGGAACUAUGCUUCCGCAGAGGAAGGGGAGCCAGCAGGCCAGAGGUGGAUGAACGCAAUGCCCUCGUUUGGGUGUAGGGACUGAUCAGAGCCUGAAGGUACAGAGGUGCCGAUCCCCUCACAGCUCCAUAGGCAAGCACCAUGGUCUUGUAACAGAUGCGAGCUUCAACUGGAAGCCAGUGGAGUGUGCGGAGGAGCGGGGUGACGUGAGAGAACUUGGGAAGGUUGAACACCAGACGGGCUGCGGCAUUCUGGAUGAGUUGUAGGGGUUUAAUGGCACAGGCAGGGAGCCCAGCCAACAGCGAGUUGCAGUAAUCCAGACGGGAGAUGACAAGUGCCUGGAUUAGGACCUGUGCCGCUUCCUGUGUAAGGCAGGGUCGUACUCUCCGAAUGUUGUAGAGCAUGAACCUGCAGGAUCGGGUCACCGCCUUGAUGUUAGCGGAGAACGACAGGGUGUUGUCCAGGGUCACGCCAAGGCUCUUCGCACUCUGGGAGGAGGACACAACGGAGUUGUCAACCAUGAUGGCGAGAUCAUGGAACGGGCAGUCCUUCCCCGGGAGGAAGAGCAGCUCCGUCUUGCCAGGGUUCAGCUUGAGGUGGUGAUCCGUCAUCCAUACUGAUAUGUCUGCCAGACAUGCAGAGAUGCGAUUCGCCACCUGGUUAUCAGAAGGGGGAAAGGAGAAGAUUAGUUGUGUAUCGUCAGCGUAGCAAUGAUAGGAGAGGCCAUGUGAGGAUAUGACAGAGCCAAGUGACUUGGUGUAUAGGGAGAAUAGGAGAGGGCCUAGAACUGAGCCCUGGGGGACACCAGUGGUGAGAGCACGUGGUGCGGAGACAGCUUCUCGCCACGCCACUUGGUAGGAGCGACCGGUCAGGUAGGACGCAAUCCAGGAGUGAGCCGCGCCGGAGAUGCCCAGCUCGGAGAGGGUGGAGAGGGAGGAGCAGGGAGGAGAACGUGGCAAAGAGCUUCCUAGGGUUAGAGGCAGAUGCUUGGAAUUUAGAGUGGUAGAAAGUGGCCUUAGCAGCAGAAACAGAUGAAGAAAAUGUAGAGAGGAGGGAGUGAAAAGAUGCCAAGUCGGCAGGGAGUUUAGUUUUCUUCCAUUUCCGCUCCGCUGCCCGGAGCUCUGUUCUGUGAGCUCGCAAUGAGUCAUCAAGCCACGGAGCUGGAGGGGAGGACCGAGCCGGCCGGGAGGAUAGGGGACACAGAGAGUCAAAGGAUGCAGAAAGGGAGGAGAGGAGGGUUGAGGAGGCAGAAUCAGGAGAUUGGAGGGAGAAGGAUUGAGCAGAGGGAAGAGAUGAUAGGAUGGAAGAGGAGAGAGUAGUGGGAGAGAGAGAGCGAAGGUUGCGGCGGCGCAUUACCAUCUGUGUAGGGGCAGAGUGAGUAGUGUUGGAGGAGAGCGAGAGAGAAAAGGAAACAAAGUAGUGGUCGGAGACAUGGAGGGGAGUUGCAGUGAGAUUAGUAGAAGAGCAGCAUCUAGUAAAGAUGAGGUCAAGCGUAUUGCCUGCCUUGUGAGUAGGGGGGGACGGUGAGAGGGUGAGGUCAAAAGAGGAGAGGAGUGGAAAGAAGGAGGCAGAGAGAAAUGAGUCAAAUGUAGACGUAGGGAGGUUGAAAUCCCCCAAAACUGUGAGGGGUGAGCCAUCCUCAGGAAAGGAACUUAUCAAGGCGUCAAGCUCAUUGAUGAACUCUCCAAGGGAACCUGGAGGGCGAUAGAUGACAAGGAUAUUAAGCUUAAAUGGGCUAGUGACUGUGACAGCAUGGAAUUCAAAUGAGGAGAUAGACAGAUGGGUUAGGGGAAAAAUUGAGAAUGUCCACUUGGGAGAGAUGAGGAUUCCUGUGCCACCACCCCUCUGACCAGAUGCUCUCGGGGUAUGCGAGAACACAUGGUCAGACGAGGAGAGAGCAGUAGGAGUAGCAGUGUUUUCAGUGGUAAUCCAUGUUUCCGUCAGCGCCAGGAAGUCGAGGGACUGGAGGUUAGCAUAGGCUGGGAUGAAGUCAGCUUUGUUGGCAGCAGAACGGCAGUUCCAGAGGCUGCCUGAGACCUGGAACUCCAGGUGUGGGGUGCGUGCAGGGACCACCAGGUUAGAGAGGCAGCAGCCACGCGGUGUGAGGCGUUUGUGUAGCCUGUGCGGAGAGGAGAGAACAGGGAUAGGCAGAGGCAUAGUUGACAGGCUGUAGCAAAUGGCUACAAUAAUGCAGAGGAGAUCGGAAUGAAAUGAACUAAACAUCUGGGAAAGGAGAGAGUAGGGCCUCCCUCACCAAAACUUCCACCUCAGAAACUAUAAUUGUUUCACUGAACCACCCGAAUAAAAACUCUCCCAACUUCCACUUUAGAAAUUAGAAUUGUUGUGAACUACAGCGGUUCAAUGUUUCAAGGAAUAGACUCAACUUACUUUAUUCAGCUAGCUAAAUAUGACACCAUAGCUAACUAGCAUGCUAGCAUCCAAUAACACACAGUUUAGCACCAAUACUUGGUUACAACAAACUACCAAUAGUGUGUUAACACACUAAACAGAUAAUUCAUGUCCGUGUCUAGUUCCUUUCAUAACGCAGCAAAAAUUAAACGUUGGCUAGCUAGCACAAGUAUAUUGUAUUUAGCUGCUACAGUACAGUUAGCUGGUCGUGUUGGCUAGCUAGCAAUGGCUACUGUGUUGACUUUGUUUGAAAAACGGCUAGCUAGCUAGCUUCGUGCUACACCCGGGACCGCCGAAUACAAUGCUAACAUACAAUAACUACCCACAACAGCCCACGAUGCCUAACUAUGACGCCAUAGCAAACUAGCAUGCUAGCAUCCAAUAACACACAGUUUAGCACCAAUACUUGGUUACAACAAACUACCAAUAGUGUGUUAACACACUAAACAGAUAAUUCGUGUCCGUGUCUAGUUCCUAUCAUAACGCAGCAAUAAUUAAACGUUGGCUAGCUAGCACAAAUAUAUUGUAUUUAGCUGCUACAGUACAAUUAGCUGGUCGUGUUGGCUAGCUAGCAAUGGCUACUGUGUUGACUUUGUUUGAGAAACGGCUAGCUAGCUAGCUAGCUUCGUGCUACACCCGGCACAGCCGAAUACAAUGCUAACCUACAAUAACUACCCACAACAGCCCGCAAUGCCUACCUACAAUACCUAACUACAAUCUAAAUACAUAAUUAAGCCUUACUCGACAAAGCCCAAGCUAUGUAUAAAGCCAAACUUACCCGACGCCAGCUGACAUUUGUCUUCUGCCAUUGUUUGUAAGUGUAUCAAUGUGUCUUAUAUUUUGUGUUGAUUGUAUCUCUAUGUCCUCUAUUUCCUCCAGGGGAGAACACCAUCCUGCAGAUCAUGUUGAAGGUGGUGAGAGGGGUGCGUCCUGAUCUCAAUGUUGUGCCCCGGAGUCGACCCCAGGCCUGCACAGGGUUUCUGAGCCUCAUGCAGCGCUGCUGGGCCCCCUUACCUGAUGCCAGACCCAGCUUCCAGGGUGAGUAGAGACCCAAUGGGGCCUAUGUCUGUAAAGGAUGGGUGUUUCUUUAUUUUAACUAUUUUCUACGUUGUAGAAUAAUAGUGAAGACAUCAAAACUAUGAAAUAACACAUAUGGAUGACAGCUUUGCACACUCUUGGCAUUCUCUCAACCAGCUUCACCUGGAAUGCUUUUCCAACAGUCUAGAAGGAGUUCCCACGUAUGCUGAGCACUUGUUUCCUUCACUCUGCCGUCCGACUCAUCCCAAACCAUCUCAAUUGGGUUGAGGUCGGGGGAUUGUGGAGGCCUGGUCAUCUGAUGCAGCACUUCAUCACUCUCCUUCUUGGUAAAAUAGCCCUUACACGGCCUGGAGGUGUGUUGGGUCAUUGUCCUGUUGAAAAACAAAUGAUAGUCCCACUAAGCCCAAACCAGAUGGGAUGGCGUAUUGCUGCAGAAUGCUGUGGUAGCCAUGCUGGUUAAGUGUGCUUUGAAUUCUAAAUAUAUCACAGACAGUGUCACCAACAAAGCACCCCCACACCAUAACACCUCCUCCAUGCUUUACGGUGGGAAAUACACAUGCAGAGAUCAUCCGUUCACCCACACCGCGUCUCACAAAGACGGCGGUUGGAACCAAGAAUCUCCAAUUUGGACUCCAGACCAAAGGACACAUUUCCACCGGUCUAAUGUCCAUUGCUCGUGUUUCUUGGCCCAAGCAGGUCUCUUCUUAUUAUUGGUGUCCUUUAGUAGUGGUUUCUUUGCAGCAAUUUGACCAUGAAGGCCUGAUUCACACAGUCCACUCUGAACAGUUGAUGUUGAGAUGUGUCUGUGACUUGAACUCUGUGAAGCAUUUAUUUGGGCUGCAAUUUCUGAGGCUGGUAACUCUAAUGAACUUAUCCUCUGCAGCAGAGGUAACUCUGGGUCUUCCAUUCCUGUGGCGGUCCUCAUGAGAGCCAGUUUCAUCAUAGCGCUUGAUGGUUUUUGAGACUGCACUUGAAGAAACUUUAAAAGUUCUUAAAAUGUUCCGUAUUGACUGACCUUUUACAUUUACAUUUUACAUUUUAGUCAUUUAGCAGACGCUCUUAUCCAGAGCGACUUACAGUUAGUGAGUGCAUACAUUAUUUUUUUAUUUUAUUUUCUUACCGCCCACCUUCAUGUCUUAAAGUAAUGAUGGACUGUUGUUUCUCUUUGCUUAUUUGAGCCGUUCUUGCCAUAAUAUGGACUUGGUCUAUUACCAAAUAGGGCUAUCUUCUGUAUACCCCCCUACCUUGUCACAACACAACUGAUUGGCUCAAACGCAUUAAGAAGGAAAGAAAUUCCACAAAUUAACUUUUAAGAAGGCACACCUGUUAAUUGAAAUGCAUUCCAGGUGACUACCUCAUGAAGCUGGUUGAGAGAAUGCCAAGAGUGUGUAAAGCUGUCAUCAAGGCAAAGGGUGGCUAUUUGAAGAAUCUCAAAUAUUAAAUAUAUUUUGAUUUCUUUAACACUUUUUGGUUACUACAUGAUUCCAUAUGUGUUAUUUCAUAGUUUUGAUGUCUUCACUUUUUUUCUACAAUGUAAAAAUAAAGAAUAACCCUUGAAUGAGUAGGUGUGUCCAAAGUUUUGACUGGUAGUGUACAUACACAAAGUCAUGAUGUACUGUACAUAUAGUUUUCUGAAAAGGUGAAAAUUAAACCACGGGAUGCUAUUCUAUACAUCAAACCUGACCUUUGUUGUCUUCUGUCUGCAGAAAUCACAUCAGAAGCCGAGGAGCUGUGUUCUAAACCCCAAGAGGAGUCCAAGACACAAACCCCUGAGCCUGAGAAUAACCACUGCAAUGGACUAACCACUGACCAGGUAUAACCUCCACACAUACCAUUCACUUAUAUUCCCCUGCCUUCUCCCUCUGCCUUUUCUAUUGAUUUCUAUCCUCUUCUUUUCCCUGACACCCCAUUCUAUAUACUGAACUGUCCAAGUCUAGUCUGCUUUGGUGUUCUUCUAUAAUGUAAUUAGAAAACCCUCUGGUACUGUAUGUCUAAAAUCUGUGUGAUUGUUUUCCUGUGGACUGGACUUGUUAUUGUUUCCAUAAGACACACAGUCAAUGUUUGAUCCUGACAAAUGGUUUCAUCAUGACAUAAGAAUGCCGUCCAGAAGCAUUGUUUAACUAGGUUAACUCUUUGCUGUUUCACAUCCUGGAUGCCGGGUACUGGGUGUACGUGACGAACUGACUAGACAUCCGUUUAGAAGAAAUUACUAGUGCGAUUGUGCAAUGUGUAAAGAUAAUAAACGAUCAGUGAUGAUUAGUGAAGAUGAUAAAUGGACUAGGUUUGAGAGGAAAACUAUUUUAAGAUACAUAGCUACAUAACUAGAUGUUUUAACAACAUAAAGGUUGUCAAAGAGCCAAGGAGUCAAUGGGUUUGUUAUUGUAUUUCUAACAUAGCUGUGUCUCCAACAGAAUAAAGAGCAGAAGCCAGUCAGGCCCAGGUCUGCCAUGUUGCCAGAGAAAGACUACAGCCUAUCAGAGCUGCUGAGUCAGGUAGACUCUGGGAUAUCUCGGAGCUUUGACCAUGUGAAGGAGGACUGCUGUCCCAGCAAAGACAACACCAGCAAGAGACUGUCAGGAAUCUCCUCUGUAGACUCUGCCUUCUCCUCUCAAGACUCCAUUACCCUCUCCUUUGAGAAAGAGAACACAUGUGGUAAGAAUGGCUGUGUCAUGGCAUUGUCUAUGGUUUCCUUUAACAGAUGACAGGAAUUCUCGUUUCUCACGGUGUUAUAUCCUACGUAUAAGUAGUACAGUUCUGAAUGACUUCUGGAGCAUGCAGAGUGUUUCUUUAACUUUAGAACAGUUUCUUUGUGGUUUUGGCCCUGACUCUAUACUGUGUCUUCUAUCUCCUUGUUGUUUAGACUCUGGGGAGGUGCAGAGGAGGAAGCUGUGCGACGCCAUCCGUACCAAGGACAUGUCCAAGCUGAUGAAGAUCCUGCAGCCUCAGGACGUGGACCUCCUAUUGGAGGGCGGCUACAGCCUGCUCCACCACGCCGUCACGCAGGCCAACGAGGAGGCCGUCAAGUUCCUACUCCUCAACCACGCCAACACCAACCUGGCCAACGCCCAUGGCUCCACCCCCCUCCACCUGGCCACCGAGAAGCACCUGAAGGGCCUGGCCGAGCUGCUGCUGGGCCGCCGGAACACCAACGCCAACGCCCGGGACGAGGACCAAUACACAGCCCUGCACUGUGCUGCUCAGAACGGGGAUGAGGCCAUCACCCGCCUACUGCUGGACCGCGGUGCCUCCAUCAAUGAGACGGAUGCCCAGGGCCGUACACCCGCACACAUCGCCUGCCAGCAUGGCCAGGAGAACGUGGUCAGGGUGCUUCUGAGCCGCGGGGCAGACGUCCACGUGAAGGGCAGAGAUGACUGGACGGCGCUUCACUUGGCUGCCUGGCAGGGCCACCUGGGCAUCGUCAAAUUGCUGGUGAAGCAGGCUGGGGCGGACGUAGACGGGCAGACGACUAAUGGGCGCACGCCGCUGCACAUGGCCUCCCAUAGGGGGCAUUACAGGGUGGCAAGGAUCCUGAUAGAGCUGGGGGCAGACAUCCACGUGACCUCCACGGACCUCCACACCCCCCUGCAUGUGGCGGCUGAAACAGGCCACACCAGCACCUCCCGCCUCUUAGUCAAGCAUGAUGCAGACAUCCAGGCCCAGACCACCCAGGGUCUUACCGCCCUCCACCUCGCUGCUCAGCGUGGCCACCUGCCCACAGUGAAGAUGCUGAUCGAGGAAGGGGCAGACCCCUACUGCACCAACCAAAACCUGCGUACCCCCUGCCACCUGGCAGCAGAAGGGGGGCACUGUGAGGUCUUCGAAGAGCUUCUGGUCCACUGCCCUGAGGGUGCCAGUCUGUCAGACGAGCAGGGCCUCACCCCUCUGCACCUGGCUGUGAUGGGAGGCUACACAGAUAUCACCAGCAUGCUGCUGGCCCAGGGGGUGGAGCUAUCACAGGAAGUACCACAGGACUCCAUACCCCUACCACAGGAAGUACCACAGGACUCCAUCCCCCAUGACACACUGCAGCCAGCAGCAGAGGACUGCCCAAAGCUUCUGGAUCGUCAGCCAAGCUCGUUGGCCAAGCGUCUCCAGAGAAAGGUUGUAAUCUUGAAACUGACAGAGCGUGAAGGAAACGACUGUCCAGAGGAGGGAGUCACGCUGUGA